UGGAUUUGUGGCACUGGUAGCCAUGCUGGUGUGUCACCAAAUGCCAUGUAUUCAUGCGUCUUACAGCGGACAUUUAUAUCAGUAUGAUGUCAAACCUUUGGAGGGCACGUUCAGGGUGAAAGGGGGCAGUAUUAUCAGUGACUGUCUCUUUCCCUCUGACUGCAAAGUCGUUCAGAAUUGUGGCAAAACGUUGAGCGGUGUGUACCGAGUGUUUCCCUUCGGAGUGGGAAAAGGGUUCCUUGUGUACUGUGACAUGGUGACAAACGGCGGUGGAUGGCUGGUGUUUCAACGACGACAAGAUGGUACUGUGGACUUUUACAGGAAUUGGCAAAGUUAUAAAAACGGUUUCGGCAAUUUGUACGGAGAAUUCUGGUUGGGACUGGAGAAAAUGCAUCUCUUGACAUCACAGCGUCAUUACAAAUUGCUAAUCAACCUUGAAGACUUUACUGGGAAAAGUGGAGAAGCUGCGUACAGCAGAUUUCGUAUAUCGGGGGAGAAAGAAAAGUUUCGGCUGAUGGUGGGAGCCUAUUCAGGCACAGCAGGCGAUGCAAUGACCUACCAUGAUGGUUACCAAUUCAGCACCUUUGACAGUGACAACGACGGCCGGGUGGAAGGUAACUGCACCGCCAUAGAUUACGGUGCUUGGUGGUACAACGACUGCCAGCAAAGUAACCUGAACGGGGAGUAUGUCCACCCCGGCGGGACACCAAGGUCGACGUAUUCCGGACUGGCUGGAUAUACGUGGCAAAAGGCUUAUGGAAAUGUGCAGUUCACCGAGAUGAAGAUUAGGCCAGUGGGAAGUGCUUGACGUCAUCUACACAGUUCUGGGGACGCUACGCUUCACUUAAGCACGGAAUCUCUUUUUAUCUUUAUGGUUUAAAUGUAUAUACAAACAAAGACUUCACGCGUCGAGGAAGACAUUCGGAUAACAGCCGCUCGAGGUCAUCAUAAUCAUAAAGCCAAUCUCCAAGACAUAUAACAUGGGCAUAUUACAGUUAAAAAUGUUUUACUGCUAUUUUUUGUCUAAAUAGUGAAUAUGGGGCCAAACCACUGCCACAUUAGCAAUUUAAAAGACUCACAGCAUAGAUGGGGGUCUCCGUGGCUGAGGUGGUUUGAAUGC